UGUGAUGUGAGACGUUUGUGUCCUGGUUCAAUCGUCUGUACCUGAAGCAUGGGGCAGCUACUGCUGCAGGGAUUGCUGUGGGUUGUGAUUUUCCUGGGCUCAUCUGUCCCUAAUAUCGAGUCCUCAGAGUACAACCCAUUUCCUGGCAUCACCGACAAGAAGUUCAUCGACGACUGUGUGAGGAUACACAACGACAACCGAUCCUCUGUGAAUCCACCAGCCAGAAAUAUGCUCUACAUGACGUGGGAUGAGGGCUUGGCCAUCACUGCAAGGGCCUGGGCAAGACACUGUGAUUUCCAGCACAACAUCUACCUGAAAGAGGUCAGACGGGUCCACCCUGUCUUCUCCUCCGUGGGAGAGAACAUCUGGGCAGGAUACCCGCCCUCCACGUUCUCCGUCAUGGGCGCCAUGGAUUUAUGGGUCAAAGAAGUGAACGAUUACUCAUACCAAAGCAAUGCGUGUAGACCAGGAAAAAUGUGUGGCCACUACACACAGGUUGUAUGGGCGACGAGCUACAAGGUUGGUUGCGCCGUCCAAAUAUGCCCAAAUGGUGUCGACAGGACUUCGUUUUCUGAUAAAGAGGGAGCCAUAUUUGUUUGUAACUAUGCCGAAGCGGGAAACGUGGUUGAGAUGUUACCAUACCUGAAGGGGUUGGAAGAAUGCAGCUCUUGUGAGGGUGCAAACAAUCAAUGCCAGGCAAGGCUCUGCCACAAUCCAAAACGAGACGAACAGAAAAGUUACAGAUGGACCCCCGACUGGGACCCAGCCCUGGCCACCUGCGGCCCCAGCUGCAUGGCCUUAUUGGCCAUCCGACCCCUGGCCCUUCUCCUCACCUUUGUCGCCGCAUUUGGAGUACACAGAUUGUACCCAAGCAUAUUUUUUUACGAAUAGCUGAGAUGUUUAGAUUGAUUGACCUGCGCUGACAUUCUCAUUGUAGUGAUGCCUUUCUCAAUGUGGUCCUGUCUUUUUAAAAUUGCCGCAGAGCCUCAAACCAAAUUCCCAUUGUGGUACAAAAAAAGUGUACUACAAAAACGUAUAUGCAGCUUUUGCUGCUUCCAUUAAUGUGUUAAAGGGAAAGUCUACACCAAAAUUAACCAAAUCUUUAUUUACUGACCUCAAGGAGUUAUGCAGCAGUCUUUAAUACAAACUCUAAGGCAAGCCCUCUAAAGUAAACAAUGCAUAAAAUAAGAGUAGGAAAAAUAGGUCUUAAAUAGCUCACACUUCCAAUUUAUGACAAUCUGUGUUAGUUAAGUUAAAUAUUUGAAAAUAACUGUUUCCCCCCCCAAAAAUCAUGUUUGCUUAACAAUGAGCAAUGGUGUUGUCAAAAGCACAAACAAGUCUGUGACCAGGCUCACCAACCACUGACGGCAGAACUCAUAACACAAGAGCUUAUGAAGGUUGAAGAGCAGUGUCUAAAUCCAUCUCAUUUAGCCUAACAGGAAAAUCAAUUCUACAAAUACAGAAUGAGAGAUUAUCAUAUACUUGUUUUAUUGAGUCUUUAGAAGUAGCAACACCAAAUGACAGAACACGGCCCAACACACAGUUCUCCUAAACAUCACAAUGCUAUUUCACUGUUCAGCAGUCCUCUAGUGCCAUUUCUGCUACACUUGACGCCUGUAGCGGCACACGACAACCAUGUUCAUUUAAUCAUGAACUAAAACUUUCAUGCCUUUUCUCAAAGCCUGCAGGUAUAUAGCUUUAUACCUUGUUAAUCAUUUAUAAUAAGGACUAUAAAAAAAGCUUUUAAUAGUAUGCAUGCUAUUUUUUAUAAGUAUACAUUAACAGACUUAAGUCAGCAUCAUUAUGAAACAUUACUAGUCUUCCAAUGCAUUAACUGCAUCAU